AUGGUUGCCGAAUCAGUGGGAUUACCGGCCGAAGAGGCGGUAGAAAAGACCGAAGCCAAUGCUACACAACAAUCAGAAGCCGCCGAAUCAGCAGCACCAGUGAUAACCAUGAGGAACAAACGCCAACCACCUCAAGUCGAGCCUCAAGUUGAUAGUCUGUCAUCGGCACAAGUAGCACUGGAAAGAGCCAUGGGUACCAUUAAUAACGGGUUGGAUGAUGUUGAGGAUGCUGAUGGUAAGGGUUUUUGUUGUUAUUGAAGGGUUGGUUAUGAAAAGGUGGUUUAUAUGAUUAUGCAUUGUCUUAUUAUGGUCUUGCUAGGUGUUAUAGAUGACUAUUAGCUGAUUUUUAAAAAUAAUUGUCAGUAUUUCAAUAAAAAAUGGCGUUAAAAUGCCAAAAAGGCAUAAAAAUGUAUAUUAUAGUGGAUUCUUUUAACUUUUUGCUCAUUUUGCUAUCGAAAUUGUGAAAAAAAGUUGUCGUAACCGACAGAAGAGAUUAUAAACUUAUCAAAAAAAGUAUUUGACAUAUGUAUUUUGGUCAAGAAGUUUAUGGAAAAAUCGAAAGUAAACUGAAUUUCGCCCAAAACAGGCUAUUCUGAUCGUUUUCGAUCAAAUUCUAUGAAGUUUUUGAUCAACUAAACAUCCAAAAUGUAUUGAAAAGUAUUGUGUUAUAGAGGUAGAAGAUUAUAAAUUUACUUUAAAAUGUAUUGUAGUUUUAUCUUGGUCAAUAAGUUUCAAGAAAAUUUGAACAGAAACUCAGUUUUGGCUCAAAAACAAAGAUUUUGGCUUGUUUUCGGCAAAUUUUAAAGCAUUUUAGACAGUACUAGAUCAGUAUUUUAGAAAAAAUGAAUACAAAAUCAUAGAUAUGAAUCUUCUUGAUGUAACUCAAUACUAUUUUUAGAAAUCCGCCGACUAGACUCCCAGCUAGAUCACCUAAACGAGUACAUGGACAAGGUGGAGGAGCGGCUGAAGGCACACAACGCGCGACUGGUCGAAACCUUAAAUCAACAGAAACAGGAGCGGGAGAAGCGACGACAGAGCUUUCAUGAGGUAAUGAUGCGGCUUAUUUUUAAAAAAUUUAAAUUUAGUUUUGAUUUUUGGGCCGGGAAUGAAGUUUUGAAGGUAUAACAAGCUCCAUACACAGGGUCCGCAAAAAGUUCUGUUACACGGUUUUUUAAACAAAUAUUUAUUUUAACAACAAACAUAACUAAAACAACAACUAACAAUAGUAACAUAUAGUACUAUUUAUAACAUAGUCAAUCGGUUUCGAAGUGUCCCUUGCGGCUUGUAUAGACUUUGAUGAGCUUUUUCUUGGUAUAUUGAGUUUAUUAUGGGCUAUGGCUUUCUAUUAACGGUAAACCCUAGAAAAUUGGUUGGUAUUAAGAUAGGCAUCUUGUUGGUACAUAGAUUUUACCAGAAUAAUGGAUGAUAUUGUUUUAGAGACAACAAACCAGCCGCCAAGAAGACGACGAGUUCCAAAAACAGUUGGCCGAACUGCUUGGCCAAAUCAGCAUGUCCAAGAAGCGGACUUCAAUCUUGGCUGAUUUGGAUCUGUCACCGCCUCAAGAAUAA